ACCCCUUGUUUACAAAGUACAAGAUGGUUAGGACUAUAUGUAAAUAAUCGGUUAAAUGGCGCGGCUACACUUUACCCAGGUGCUCGGAUCUUAGCGCAUGAAUGGUGCCCCUUCCUUCAUCUCUGCACGGCCACGCUCUUUCCGGUGGCAUGCCGCUCUCCAGCACCGCCCCAUUGGCUCUGCGAAAGCCUUCCGGUCUUAAAAACGCGUCACUUUUUAAAGGUUCGGUAGCCAACAUGUUGACAUUUUUCCUUCUCCGCUCAGGAAAACGCGGUGUGAUGUAAUAAUCUCAGCCGUACCCUGGUAUUCUCUAAAUAUAGCUUACAAGUGAUUGCAAC